AUGGCUAGACGGAGGUUAGACUGUUUUCUUCUAGGCCAGGUGCUCGCUGGCCUGAUCCUCGCAUCUAUAGGCCUAUCCUUUGUCCAAAGCAAUGACUGCCCCCAGCUAUGUGUGUGCGAGAUCCGACCAUGGUUUACUCCCCAGUCCACCUACAGAGAAGCAAUCACUGUAGACUGCAAUGACCUACGUUUAACACGCAUCCCUGGGAACCUUUCCAGUGAAACUCAGGUUCUCCUCCUACAGAGCAACUACAUUGCCAGGACAAGUGAGGAGCUGGAGCAGCUCUUCAACCUGACUGAGCUGGACUUGUCCCAGAACAACUUCAGCAGCAUUCGGGAUGUUGGCCUCAACAAUAUGUCCCAGCUCACCACCCUUCACCUGGAAGAGAAUCAGAUAAGAGAAAUGCCAGAUUACUGUCUGCAGGAUCUCAGCAACCUACAGGAGCUCUACAUCAACCACAAUCAGAUCAACACCAUCUCUGCGAAUGCCUUUUCGGGGCUCCACAACCUGCUCAGGCUUCACCUCAACUCCAACAAGCUGAAAACCAUAAGCAGCCAGUGGUUUGAAUCUACACCCAAUCUGGAGAUCCUCAUGAUCGGGGAGAACCCUGUUGUUGGAAUAAUGGAAUUUAAUUUUAAGCCCCUGGGCAACCUAAGAAGCCUGGUUUUGGCUGGAAUGGACUUGACAGACAUCCCUGGAAAUGCGUUUGUGGGACUUGACAAUCUUGAGAGCCUCUCUUUCUAUGACAAUAAAUUGGUCAGCGUUCCUCAGAGAGCUCUUCAGAAGUUACCUAACCUCAAGUUCUUGGAUUUGAAUAAAAACCCAGUGCACAAGAUUCAGGAAGGGGAUUUCAAGAACAUGCUGAGGCUGAAGGAGCUGGGUAUAAACAACAUGGGCGAGAUGGUUUCUAUCGAUCGUUAUGCUUUGGACAACCUUCCUGAACUCACUAAGCUGGAGGCUACAAACAACCCUAAGUUCUCCUUCAUCAACCAUCUGGCCUUUCGUGAUGUCCCUGCCUUGGAGAGUCUAAUGCUCAACAAUAAUGCACUGAACGCCCUCUAUCAGUCGACAGUGGAUUCCCUCCCUAACAUACGGGAGAUCAGCAUUCACACUAACCCUCUUCGCUGUGACUGCGUUAUCCAGUGGAUGAGCUCCAACAAGACCACCGUCCGCUUUAUGGAACCUCUGGCCAUGUUGUGUGCCAUGCCAACCGAGGUCAGGGGUAUGCGUGUGAGGGAGGUGCUGCAGAAGAACUUAGCAAACCAGUGCUUGCCCAUGAUUUCGCAUGACACCUUCCCAAGCCACCUCAAUUUGGACAUUGCCAUGACCGUGGACUUGGACUGCAGAGCCAUGUCCCAGCCUGAGCCUGAAAUCUACUGGGUGACGCCUAUGGGGAACAAGAUAAUGAUGAACACCCCAUCUGACAAGUACAGCCUCAGCGGUGAAGGGACAUUGAGAAUUUCUCAGAUCCAAGUAGAAGACUCUGGCAGAUACACCUGCGUGGCUCAAAACUCAGAGGGAGCUGACACCAGAGUGAUAGCGAUACGGGUAAAUGGAACUCUUUUAGACAGCACUCAGCUUAUGAAGAUCUACGUCAAACAGACAGAAUCCCACUCAAUCCUUGUUUCUUGGAAAAUAAACUCAAACGUAAUGACCUCAAACCUCAAGUGGUCAUCUGCCACCAUGAAAAUAGACAACCCACAUAUCACUUACACUGCCAAAGUACCCGUGGAUGUCCAUGAGUACAACCUCACGCAUUUACAACCAGCAACUGAGUACGAAGUGUGCCUCACGGUCUCCAACGUUCAUCAGCAAAUGCAGAAGUCUUGUGUGAAUGUGACGACCAAGCAAGCACCCUUUGCUGUGGAAAUAUCUGACCAGGGGACCAACACUGCUCUUGCAGCUGUCAUGGGAACAAUGUUUGCAAUCGUCAGUCUGGCCUUUCUGGCUGUGUACAUUGCUAAGAGGUGGAAAAGGAAAAACUAUCACCAUUCGCUGAAAAAAUACAUGCAGAAAACCUCCUCAAUACCCCUGAAUGAGUUAUACCCUCCUCUCAUCAACUUGUGGGAGGCGGACAGUGAGAAGGAAAAAGAGGGCUCCUCUGAGACCAAAACCAGCCAGGUGGACACCACACGCAGCUAUUACAUGUGGUGAAACCUACUAACCAUCCAGUCGGAGAUACAGAGACAUUUUUAUUUCAGGAGCACAAAAUACAUAUAUAAAUAUUUGCUUCUUUGUGAAAACGUGGACUGAGUAGUUUUUUUCUUUCUUGUUUCCACUUUUCAGCGGUUCUCUCAGACUUUCUCUUUGAAGCGAAAAAAACGAACCAACGUUUUUAGAUCUUGAGUUUAGCACAUUGUCUUUUUACCUUUCGCUCAUUUUGACACACAAUAUGGCAGCUUUGUUUAGCUUCCUGGACUUAGUAGUCACUGUGCUUUAUUUUUAGUACUUGUUUUGAUGAACACAGCAUGAGCAUUGUCACAGAUUCAGCUUGCGUGAGCAGAGGAGAAGCUGAAAUCUGACCCAUUUUUGACAUGUUUUCUCUGGCAGAACUGUUAGAGACUGCACUCUUUCUUUCUCUUGUAAAACAGUUUCACUGUUGACUGUUGUGCACUGAAAUAUAUAUACGAAUUUGUCUAUCAACUGGAAUAUAAGCUGACAAAGUAAGUUUAGACUUGAUAUACUGUCUAUUGAAUAUUGUUAGCAAUUCUUCUGUAAUGUUGUAUCAGCUAUGAUUUAUUUUAUGUACAUUAAAUAACAGUAUGUUUGAUUUAGACUUUAAGU